GCCAGGGUGACACUUCGUAAUUUAUCAAAUUCACUUUCGCCUACGUAGUCUCCUAUGCUGUACAGUUCUCUGAAGGCUGUCUCUACAUCACUUUCAUGGUUCUUUCAAAGAGUGUAUGGCACACACCGCUUCUUGUUUUAGCUAUGCUACAAGUGAAUAGGUACCUGUUAGGAUUGUUUGAUGGUGGAACACCAAGGACACAACAGCACGAUGCUCUGUGGCAUCGGCUCUUCUGUGCUGAGAUUUGUUUUCCCACUGAGAGAUAGCCUAAGGUUCGUCGAAGCCUCUGUGCGGGAGCUUGGCGUACGCGUCGUCAUGGAAACCAGACCCAACAAGUUAACGUCUGCGCCUGCGGCUGGCUGAAUCGAGCCCAGCACGACCGCGGCGCAUCGGGAGACCCCAAACCAGACCGAUCCCGCACGGACACCGGCGCGUUGAGCGAACAGAGCGGGUGGCAGUCAGUGAUGGAUUGUAGUUGACGGCUGGAGGCUCUGGGGAAUCGCACGGGGACAGGGCUGGGCCUCCCGUGUGACUGUAGGCUUUUCCCUGGUGGAGCGCGGGGGGGGGGGGGGGGGGGGGAAAGAGAGAAAGCGGGCAUGGCCAAGCCCUUCUACAGACUGCAGCGCUUCCUGCGGCGAGUGCAGCUGCUCCUCCUCUUCCUGGGCGUGGCGUACAUCAUGGCGGGGAGCGUCCUCCUGCUGCAGCGCUCCGGCCCGGCCGUUUCCCAGCGGUGGGGGGGGCCCGGCCUUCCGCCGAAGCCCUCCUCGCCCCCCCCCGCCGAAGCCGCGCAGCCUCCCGGCGAAGGCGGGGCGCGCGGUUCCUCGCGGUCUCGGAUAGCAGCAAACGGCGGGGACGGGGACCCGGAUUACCCGUCCCGUGGCCGGUCGGGCCCGCGCUGGCUCAUGUCCCGGAACCUGGAGAUCCGACUCCUGCGUCGCCGAUGGCUACGCAGCCAGGAGCAGGAGAGCCAGGUGGGGCGGGGUCCCGCGCCCAGAAAGGUCAGGCACAAAGGAACCUAUGUUGGCUGCUUCUUGGAUGAGAAAGACAAUCGAGCCCUUGGGGGGAAUGUUUUCUACGACUUUCGGAAAAUGACCAGCACCCUGUGUCAAGACACCUGCUCAGAAAGUGGGUACCGGUUUGCAGGGUUGGAGUAUGGAGCCGAGUGUUACUGCGGCAACCGCAUCAGCAGUUCCCGUACACGCGAGGAGGACUGCAAUCUGGACUGCAAGGGGGAGAAGGGCUCCCCCUGUGGGGGCGUGGGCCGCCUAUCCAUCUACAAGGUGGAGGAGCUUCUCCCGGGCCAGAGGAGAUAUCGGAACGUGCGCUACCGAGGAUGCUUUGAAAGGCCAAAGAACACUAACGCUGCCUUCCUGGUCCACUCAAUCCAGCCCAAUCUGACACUGCAGUCCUGCAUCGAGACCUGCACAGUCAAGGAACUCCCACUUGCAGCACUGAAGAGGCCAGACUGUUUCUGUGGCUAUGUAUCCUCGCACUUCCCCCUACACCAGCCAGCCGAGGAAGGAUUCUGUGCGAAUGUGAACAGCACUGGCCCCAUGGCCCCAGCUGACCGGGAGUACUACCAGGUCUACCAGACACCUGUACAAGACUCCAGGUGUACAGAAAGGAAAUUUCUGCCAGAGAAGUCAAACUCGCUUGUGGCCUUGACCAGUUUCCCCGGAGCUGGUAACACCUGGGUGCGCCACCUUAUUGAGCUGGCAACUGGCUUCUACACUGGCAGCUUCUAUUUCGAUGGCACCCUCUACAACAAAGGUUUCAAGGGAGAGAAGGAUUACUGGAAGAGUGGGCGGACCAUCUGUGUAAAGACCCACGAGAGUGGGCGGCGUGAGAUCGAAAUGUUCGACUCCGCCGUCCUCCUCAUUCGGAACCCGUACCGCUGCCUCAUGGCAGAGUUCAACCGCAAGUGCGCCGGUCACCUCGGCCACGCCUCAGAACAGCACUGGAAGAGCAACGAGUGGCCAGAGUUUGUCAGCAGCUAUGCGUCUUGGUGGGCAUCCCACGUACUGGACUGGCUGAAGUUUGGUCGGCGGGUGCUGGUGGUGCACUAUGAGGACCUACAAGGGGCCCUCUUCCUCCAGCUGCGCCACAUUGCCUCUUUCCUAAAUGUCAGCAUUACAGAGGAGAGGCUGCUGUGCGCUCAGAGUAACCAGGACGGCCAUUUCAAGCGCUCUGGGACUCGGCAGCAAGGUUUUGACCCCUUCACCCUGGAAAUGAAGCUUCUGAUUGACGGCUACAUCCGCACCGUGGACCGUGCUCUCAGGGACCGGAAUUACACUGGCCUGCCCCAGGAGUACCUCCCUAGAUGAUGAGGGGCACCCUCUGCCCCCCCCCCAACUUCAAACUCCUGGAGAGAGGGGGGGGAGAAGGGGUAGGCGUGUGGAGCAAGUACCUGACUAUAAAAAGAGCACAGACAAGAACUGCCGUUCGUAAGCUCAACAGUGUCUGGUUGUACUGCUACGGUUUUUUUUUUUUGGUUAAAAUUUUGUCAAGCCGUCUUGUCUCUUCAUAAAUGUGCCAUUGAGUGGUGUCAAGCUAUAUGGAACUUUUCUGAGAUGAUUGAAGAGCAGAUGAGACUUUUCUCCUUUAUUAAAGCGUGAAGGCAAUGACAGGCCUUCUGUCACAUCGGGAUACACUCAGAUUUCAUACUUUCUGUUCUGUGCUGUUCGUGCAAGUGGAAACUGGCUGGCAGGAUGCUUUCCAAUACUUUACCACAGAUGUCUUCAUCACACUGUGCCCUCUGUCAAACAGAUUUAUUUUCUCACUUACAAUAUUGCAGCUAUCUGGAUCACUCUGCUAAAAAUAGCAGAGUGUGGCAUACUGAACUAAUAAAGUGCAAGGAAAAGCA